AUGUCUUUCCGAGGCGACCGCCAGCAUCAGUAUGGCCAUGUGCCGCCAGUGCAAUAUCCCGUUUCAGGUCAGGCGCAGCAGCCUCAGCAGAAUGAUCUUGGCAGACGUUCCAGCUUCAAUAACGGGGAUGACGGUGCCUACUACGGCGGCCAAGGCUAUGCUCAGCGACCACACGCUACCAGCUUCGCAAGCAAUAACUCGGGCGAGGACGAGAUGUUCUUGUCGAACCAAGCGGCCGCAGCUGCUCAGCGAGCAGCCGCAUACCAGCACUCGAGCCCUGCCAUGUCCGGCUAUCAGCAUCAGUAUCAAGAUGCCCCGCCAACGCCUUCACACUCUUAUAACCCGCAGACCUUCAACCAAACAUCGACGACAAUGUACGCGCCGCAAAGGCACUCUGUCUCAUAUCGCCAGGACGCCUCGCCACACUAUCCCGCCGCUCCUGCUCAAACCCCACCAACCAACUUUGCCCCUCAGACGUACAAUCCUGCCGCAUAUGCCAAUACAGCCUCGCCGCAACGGCAACAUGCAUAUCAAGGUUAUGGCGCAGAACAGGGCUAUCACCACAAUGUCUCCGCCCACGGCUCCCCGGCUUUGAGCCAUGGGGCAUCUCCCGGUGCGACCUACACUGCCGCUUUCCCACCACAGCCAAACCACACUGCCGCCUCGUUUCACUCCACUUACCAAUCCAACACACCCAGUCCUGCUCAAGCUAGUGGCUUUGGUACUCAACCGUCUCCUGCAACGUAUGAUCCAUCUCAAUAUGCCAACGCUCCCUACGUUCCACAAGUCUCAAACGGUGUAAACUAUUCCUCGGCUCCGUAUCCUACCACCCCACAGACCACGAGCGACUCGAACUUCUCCAAUGAUCAACAGUCCUAUUUCAGCGGAUCAAGAUCGAAUUCCCAAGCUGCAUCGACUAACACUACCUAUACGUACUCGCAGUCCAGCACGAGCCUCCAGAGGCACCCCAUAAAUGCCCCGUUGCCUAGUCGGCCUGUAGAGAGUGCCCGUAAUGACUGGCAAAUAUCGGAAGACAACUACGAUCAAGACCAAGCACUCUUGAUGCAGGAUAUCGAGGCCGAGCUCGGUGCGAUUGACUCUAGGCAACGAGCGAGAACCAACAGCCAGCAGCCUGACGGUUCCUACAGCAGCGCACCACCAGCAGUGGCUCCGCCGCCAGGGCCCCCUCCUGGCAUGGGCUCGUUCCUCCUAGACGACGAUAACGACAGUUCCCCUGGGGCUCAAUCCCUGAGGCAAAAUGAAAUCGCCCGUGCCUCAUCACGAUCGUCUUCAAGUCCUAUGCCCCCCGCUCUCCCCGAGGAGACAUCGCAUGGUUCAGAUGGUCCACUGGGCGCGGUGGUUGAUUUGAGUUUUUUCGGCGGCAGCUUUGAGCCCGGCGGCUUCUCGUAUGGAGAUGAUGUCGGCUCCCCGCCAAUUGAGGCCUCUCAGGAGACAGCUCGGCCGUUGCCCUCACCCGGGUCAUACAACAAUGGUGCAUCAACUACAGACAUUGAGCGCUCAUCAAGUUACAAGUCCAUGACACCACUAGACGGCGGCGAUACUGGAGGCUUACAGCCCCCCAAGGCCCAACGCUUGAGCUUUGAUGAAGGGGACGAGCCAGUAUCAAUCCACUCUCAGCAGAGUGGUGGCACCGAAUCUCCUCCAAAAGACGACUACCAGGAUCUGUUCUAUCACCCUGGCCUUACAAACCGCCCACUUCCGGCUCCUCCCACGCCUGUGUCAAAUAGCAGCUCCAUGGUUUCUGUCAACACCAAUCCCAGGACUCAGCAAACGCAGCCGCAGUUCGCCCAGCAGCAGCAGCAGCAGCAGCAGCAGUUCCCUCAGCAGCCGCAGUACGCGCAACAUGGACACUCCAACAGUGCAGGGCAUGCCGGGUUUUAUCAGGCUGCAAACCCCGAUCAGUAUUAUUCCGCCGGUGCAGCGUACAACGUGCCUCCUCCCGAACGGUCGAUAUCCUUGUCGGGUCAUGCUACGAACCCACAGGUGGUUCCACCCACUCGAUCUCGAACCGAUGCUACAGAGGAAAGGCGAAAGCUCCGUCAACAGCAAGGCCUUUCUGUUCACCAGAGUGGGCCUCUUCCGGAAUACGAAUCUACCGAUGCAGGCGCUUUUGAUACGAUCACUUUACCCAGCGGACGUAAGAGGCGUUUUAUUCCUGGGAAACUGAGCCCUGGAGAUUUCCGCAGGUGCUAUGAGCCAUGGGCCCUCAGCGGCAUUGAAGCUUGGAUCCGGGAACUGGCUGACGGAGAGGUGGACCUGAAGAUAAAGAUAAUCGAGGAGGGGUUGAUAGCACUCUUCACUAACAAGGUCCUGACGAUGCAUAUUGCUGAUGCCGAGGCACUGAGUGGUCGUGUCGUUGCCGAUAUGCUCAAAGCCGAAGUCCUGGUCCCUGAAGAAGAAUGGGUCAAAUUCGGCCCUGGCCACAUCUCGGGUGUCCUUUGGCAGAUGAGCGGAACAGGAUGUUAUUCUCCGAAGUUGCACGACUACGAGAUCACCGGACGAUGCUAUUCCUACCACUGCAGUCGAACUCUCAAAAAGGUGGAUCUUGAUGGUCUCGAUACCGAGAACACCAAGCCUACCGAUGAAUGGCACGUGUUUUAUGGUCUGAAGAAGGAGGAUUGGGAGUCGAAGCCCAAGAAGGAGGUUGAUCGUCAGAACAUUCUUCACGAAAUCGUCACUGGAGAAGAGAAUUACAUCAAACAGCUCGAUCUUUUCCGCACCCUGUAUCGAGACGACCUCCGUGCUCGAAAGCCACCCAUUCUCAAUCCAGAACGCCAGGAUAAGUUCCUGAGCGCGGUCUUCGGUAAGCUUGACACGGUUGUGCGCAUCAAUAAAGACCACCUUCUCUCGCAGCUCAAAUAUCGCCAACAGGAGCAGGGUCCUUGGAUCGUGGGUUUCAGUGACUUGUUCAGAGAGUGGAUUCGCAAGGCCAAAUCGGAAUAUAUUGCAUAUGCUACUGCAUACCCCCAUGCCCAGUAUAUGGUGCGCAAAGAGGCUGAUAGGAACGUUCUCUUCAAGCGCUUUCUGGAAGAAAAGCAAAAGCACAAGUCUUCGCUGAAACAGGACUGGACGCAUUUCUUGAUUACACCCUUGCAGCGAUUGCAGCGCUACAUCCUCUUGCUGGAGAGUACCGAUGGCAAGAUGCUUGUAGAGAGCGAAGAGAAGACCAAUCUUCAAAAAGCCAUUCAAGAGAUCAAGACCGUCACUUUGGAGUGUGACGCUAAGGUAGAGGAGACAAACAAGAGAGUGGAGAUGAUUGAACUGGGUCGUAUCCUUGUUCUGCGCCCUGGUCUGCACUCAAUCCUGAACCUCGAUCACAUGGGACGACAGCUCCUUAUGCAGGGUGAAUUGACACGGUUAGGAUCCAGAGCUCUAAGAUGGGUUGAUGCUCAGGUUUUGCUUUUUGACCACUUCAUGAUCUUGGCCAAGGCCGUCUACUCACGAGAUGGUAAAGAGAAGAAAUACGAUGUAUCAAAGGAGCCUAUCCAUAUGCGCCUCCUCUUCCUCGAGAGCAUGAACGACGAGCCUGUCCAACGUCAAAAGGGUAUCUCACCUCUAACACGUGCUGCUGCGGCCCAGCCGGCAACCAACGGCGGCGGACGUCCCGUACUUGAACAUACGCCCACUGGCGGAACCCUAGCCUCAAACGGUUCGGGUGAUGGCGAAGGCAAAAUCCUUUAUCCUUUCAGAGUCAAGCAUCUGGGUCACGAGAUCUACACUCUAUAUGCGUCUUCCGCUCGAGACCGGAUGGAGUGGUGUACCAAGAUUAUUGAAGCGAAAACCAACUACGCCAAGGCUCUAUUCUCGCAAAAUGCAGAGCCAUUCCAUCUCCGAGUCCUUGCUGAUGCCGCGUUCCACUACGAUAGCGCAUCAACAUUCGCAAAAACGACUGCUGUGAAUGUAAAGGGAACACCUCUCGACAAGGCAAUUGAGGAUCUGGAGGGCGUGCUUGGUUCUGCUCAAGGCAUCGCACCUGUCUGCCGUGCACAAGUCAACUGCGCCACUGGCUUUUCAGCCUUCGGGAAGUCGGUGAUCGCAAUCGGAACCGACUAUGGUGUCUUUAUCUCGACACCAUCAAACCCUCGUGGAUGGACCAGGACUAUCCAGGUCUCCAGAGUCAGCCAAAUAGCGGUUCUCGAAGAAUUCUCUGUCUGCCUGGUCAUUGCAGACAGGUCUCUGAUCUCAUACCCACUGGAUGUGGUGGCUCCGGUGUCCGAUUUCGCUGCUCCGGUGAACGACAACAGCCGCCGUGCUCCUCAGCGUUUGGCCAAGGAUGUCACAUACUUUGCGACAGCUCGAAUGAAGGAUCGCAUGCUUGUCUUCUACAAGCGUAAGGAAGGUCUUCACACGACCUUUAAGGUAGUGGAGCCCAUAUUCCACAAGGCCAACGAGAAGCGACGUCUAUUUGGACGGUCCAAGACCACCAGCGGCAGCACGGAAAGCUUCCGUGAUUUCGACGAGUUCUUCUUCCCAACUGAGUGUUACUCUCUAAGUCUAUUCCAGACCUAUGUUGCUGUUUCAACUUCGAAGGGAAUUGAGAUGCUCACGCUGGAUAAAAAGCAGCCGAUGUCCAUCCCCGAUCUGAAGGCCCCAGCGAUCGUAAACAUUGCCAGCCGUAUCCAGGGCCAGAAGCCAAUGGGUAUGUUCAGGCUUAAUGAAAACGAGUUCAUUCUCACCUACGAGGACUGCGCCGUCUACGUCGACAAGCACGGUGAAGUCAGCAGGACGCUGAUCAUGGAGUACAGUGGCCGACAGAAGAAGGCCAAAGGUGCCACCAUGUACGGCCAGUACCUGAUACUCUUCAAUGACGAUUACGUGGAGGUCCGCAAUGCAGAGAAUGGACGCCUACGGCAAAUCAUUGCUGGACGGGAUGUUCGUGUUCUUGAUUAUGGCAUCCGUGGCCCCACGGGCACAAAUGCCACACAGGCACAACAGACCCAGGGACGCAACGGAGCUUUGCCCAAUGUUGAUGAUGUCUCCAAGGGUACAGUGAAGAUUGCUAUGGCCCACCCCGAGAUUCCAGGCAGGCAAAUUGUCUUGGAAAUGCUGUUGAAUGAUGGUCACAAGGAGGGAUAA